AUGGCCAUUACGGCCAAGAUCUUGAAGGCGAUCAUUCGCAAUGACGCCAUGAAACAGGACUUCGGUGGCAUGCUUUUCGGCUGGGACGUUGGAACGAUUGGUGGCGUUCUUGCCAUGCCAGCAAUGCAAGAAAAAUAUGGGUUCAAAGACUACGAUGACAAGGGAAAGGCCAAUAUGUCACAAAACAUUGCCUCAACUCUUCAAGCCGGAUGCUUCCUUGCCUGCUUCAUCACUCCCUGGUUGACAGACAAAUGGGGUCGGCGUUGGGCCCUCAUCGGCACUGGUGCUGUCACCACCGUGGGCGUCAUCCUACAAGCCGGUUCCGCUGGCAAGGGCAGUCUUGCAGCCAUGUAUGUCGGCCGUUUUGUAGCCGGCCUUGGAGUCGGCGCUGCAUCCAUGUUAACUCCUCUCUAUGUGUCUGAGUGUGCUCCUCGCGCCAUUCGUGGCGGCUUGACUGCCUUCUAUCAGCUCUUCAUUGUCACCGGUGUCAUGAUUUCGUUCUGGAUUAAUUAUGGUGCUCUGCAACAUUUCAAGGGGGCUGCUACUUACGUAGUUCCUCUUGCUCUGCAAGCUCUUCCGGCUGUUCUCCUGAUUUUGUUCAUGUUCAUGGUACCCGAGAGCCCCCGCUGGACUGCGAAGCAGGACAACUGGGAGGAGACUACAAGGAUUAUCUCGAAGCUUCGCGCUCUUCCGACUGAUCAUAGCUAUGUCCAAAAUGAGAUCCAGGAGAUGGCUCAACAGCUCGAAAAUGAACGGCGGCUCAUUGGUGAAGCUAGCACUAAGACUCUGCUCAAGGAGAUGUGGCUAGUACCGGGUAAUCGCAAGCGUGCCAUCAUCAGCGUUUUCCUCAUGAUUUGGCAGCAGAUGACUGGUGUCAAUGCCAUUAACUACUACGCUCCCCAAAUCUUCAGAGGCCUUGGAAUGACCGGUACUUCAGUACAACUCUUCGCCACUGGUGUCUAUGGCAUCGUUAAAGUGGUUGGAUGUUUUGUGUUCCUCGUAUUUGCCGCCGAUUCCCUUGGGCGUCGCUGGAGUUUGUUGUGGACAAGCGCUGCUCAGGCUAUCUCUAUGUACAUUGUUGGCGCAUACGGCAAGACAGAACCCCCACAAGAGGGGAAGCCGAUCUCAGCUUUUGGAUACGUUGCAAUCGUGCUCAUUUACCUAUGGGCAGUCUUUUUCCAGUUUGGCUGGGGUCCUGUCUGCUGGAUUCUCGUCUCCGAGAUUCCAACUGCCCGUCUCCGUGCCUUGAACGUUGCCAUAGGUGCUGCUACUCAAUGGCUCUUUAACUUCAUCAUCGCUCGGACUGUCCUGACCAUGCAGGUCACCAUGGGCACAGCUGGCUAUGGAAUGUUCUUCUUAUUCGGCACUUUUGGCUGGAUUAUGGGUAUCUUCGUAUGGUUCUUUAUCCCCGAGACGAAAGGUGUUAGUCUGGAACAAAUGGAUAAGCUCUUCGGCGUCACUGAAGCGCCCAAGGCUCUGGAAGAUGAUGCAGAGGCAGCAGUCGAAGUAAAGAAAGAGAAGUGUGAGAAGAACUAA